AUGCAAGAAGACGCACAGAGCCGUCUUGGCUCAAAUGCUUUCGGUGACAACAAUGGCAACAGCAUCGCUCCAUGCGAUUUCGAGUUCACCUUCGAGUCAUCCAUGCUCAUGAUUGAACCCGAUUUUGAUGAAAUGAGCGAUGUCGCAUCACUGUCAGACAUGUCACUAUCUGAGAGCGUCCAAAACUACCCCGAGUUAUUUGGUCGUACCUAUCACGCCUUCCAUGCUGGGUCCUAUGCUUUCCCCAACGAUGAGUUGGAGCAGGAGAGACUGGCGAUCCAGCACUUGGCCAUGCAGAGGCUCAUGGGUGGGAAGCUCUUCUUUGCUCCCGUCUCUGCCGAAGCUCCUCCACGAUAUAUUCUCGACCUCGCCACAGGCAUUGGCGAUUGGCCUAUCGAAAUGGCCGACGAGUUUCCCGACUCGCAAAUCAUUGCCACCGAUCUGUCCCCCAUACAACCAGUAAUUGUGCCUCCCAACGUUCGGUUUUAUAUUGAAGACUCCACUGAGCCUUGGGACUUCCCGUAUAAAUUCGACUUUGUCCACACGCGGCUGACCGGCGGCUGCUGGGCCGAUUUUGAAACCCAGGUCAUUGCGCAGGCUUUUGCCGCUCUCAAACCGGGCGGUUGGUUUGAGUCUCAAGAGGUGGACUGCAAUAUCAGCUGUGACGACGGUAGCCUGGAUCCCAAUGGUCCAAUUGUCACAUGGAUCAACGAUCUGAUGGUUGCUGCGGAGAAGCUGAAUCGCCCUGUACUCCUAGGACCUAUUCUGAAGAAAGCGUAUGAGCGGGUCGGCUUCGUCGAUGUGCAGCAGCGUGUCUAUAAAAUGCCUCUCAACCCGUGGCCUAAGAACCGUCUUCUCAAGCAAGUUGGGCUGCUAUGGGGUGCUAAUAUCCUGAAGGGACUAUCGGCUUUUUCUUACCAGCUUCUUCAUCACGGGUUUAAUCGGUCUGCUACCGAAAUCGAGGUGAGCAAGUCCUGA